AUGGAAGUUGGACAAAUUAAAAAUGAAAAACCAGAAGAAGGCAGCAACGCUAGUGAUAACAUUAUAAGUGUAAAACAUGAAUCUCUUGAAAAAGACUUACAUAUAGAACUGAUUAUUAAAAGUGAAAUAUUAGAUGAAAUUGUUUUAGGAGAAAAACAAUUUUCAUGUGAUAUUUGUAAUAAAAAAUUUACUCAGCAACGUUAUUUAAUUCAACACAAACGGCUUCAUUCUGGAGAAAAACCAUUUUCAUGUGAUAUCUUUCGACAUAAAAGGAUUCAUAGUGAAGAAAAAUCAUUUCCAUGUGAUAUUUGUAAUAAAAGAUUUACUCAGCAAAGUUCUUUAGUUGAACAUAAACGUAUUCAUAGCAGAGAUAAACCAUUUUCAUGUGAUUUUUGUGAUAAAAGUUAUACUCAACAUUGUAAUUUAGUUAUACAUAAACGAACACAUAGUGGGGCAAAACCAUUUUCAUGUGAUGUUUGUAAUAAAACAUUUACUUCUCAACAUAGUUUAGUUACACAUAAACGUAUCCAUAGUGGAGAAAAGCCAUUUCCAUGUGAUGUUUGUAAUAAAAAAUUUACUCAGAAAGCUCAUUUAGUUCGACAUAAACGUAUUCACAGUUGGUAA